AUGAGGUCUUCUUCUUCUACUGCUGCUGAUUCGGGUACGAUCAAUAUCGCUGCGAGUGCUCAGAAGCUUGAUGUUGAUAAUCGAAUUGCUCUUCGGUUUUAUUAUCGGAUUGCUGAUAACAUACUUCGGCAGGCCGACAUCUUUCGCGCAGAGAAGAACAUUAUUGACCUAUAUGUCAUGCUUUUGAGAUUUUCUAGUUUGGCAUCUGAGACAAUACCGCGUCACCGAGAGUAUAGAUCAUCUCCACAAACCAAGAAACAGUCAUUGAAAAAGAGAUUGAAUGAACUAGAGAAGCUGAAACCAUUAGCCCAGCAGAAGAUCAACGAGAUUAACAGCAGAAAUGCUCACCGACAAAAUGGACGGGGGAAUUUUCAUUCAAACAAUAACGUGGAUUUUUCUUCUGCGCAAAAGCAAACUUUGGCUAGUAAUGGCCAAAUAAAGCCUGUCAGAGCAACUGCUAUGGAAUUUGCUUACCAAGGAUCAAGUGGUCAACAUUUCUCAUAUGUCAAGCCUGUAGAAGAGCACGUGCGAAGACUAUCUCUAACUCUGCCACCUCCAAAGGAGGAAACUCUCUCUGGACAUUCUAUUCUUGGUCCCAAUGGGCUUAAUGGGCAGUGGCGGUCACCUACUAUUGACACAGGGGUCAGGUAUCCAUCCAACAUAGAUCUGUCUCCAGUUGAACUGCCAAGCUUGCAACGUCACUUGGAAGAUGUAUCUCCGAGUAAUAAAGAUAGUAGCAUUGCAGAACUCCAUAAAUUAGAUUUAAAUUCAAUUCCUACCGAGAGCGAAGACAGCCAGCCCCAACACACUCAGGAAUCUCCUUCUCUUAUAUCUUUUAAAGCAACAGAAGAAACCUCUGCUCAAAUAGAAAUUAUUAGACAACCUUCUCCUCCACCUGUACUUGCUGAAGUGCAUGAUUUGGUCCCUUCAAUGUCACCUCACAUUAAUGAGGCAGGAUGUAAGGCAGAGAUUCCAUCAUCUGAUAGCAGUGUUCAUGUUGAAUCUCCUCUGCAAUUGCACAUUUCAACUGCUUUGAUGGAGAGCUUUAUGAAUCUUGCCAAGUCAAAUACUAAGAAAAAUUUGGAGACUUGUGGUGUUCUUGCUGGUUUGCUUUGUCAGACUACAAAUGAAGAGGAAAUAUUUGAAGUGCAGGAUAAACGAUCGCUUUUCCCCCUUGGGUGGACCCAUAUUAUGCUGCCAGAGUCUGUUGCAAUAGUCAUGGCGCCGACAGAUAGUUCAAGGAACUGA